AUGUCGUCCAAGAUUCCUGGCAUGCAGCACCUGCAGUCGUUCACCCAACGCAAGGAAAAGGAGUGCCGCAAGCCUGAAGAGGGGCUCAAGAAUGACUUGAUCAUCCGGGCCGCUCGCGGAUACCAAACCGAAAGGGCUCCGUGCUGGAUCAUGCGCCAGGCCGGCCGAUACCUUCCAGAAUUCCGUAAGAUUCGAGAAGACCACGACUUUUUCGAAUGCUGCCGCGACCCCGAGCUGGCCUCCGAGAUCACUGUGCAGCCCAUCCGCCGCUACUCUGGCUUGCUCGAUGCCGCCAUCAUCUUUUCAGACAUCUUGGUAGUACCGCAAGCCAUGGGAAUGGAGGUCGAGAUGCUUCCUGCCAAGGGACCGCAUUUCCCCGACCCACUGGUGACGCCCAAGGACAUCUCGACCAAGCUCAGGAAGAAGGUGGACGUCGACAAGGAGCUGGGCUACGUGUACGAGGCUAUCAGCAUGACUCGCACAAAGCUGGACGGCGAGGUGCCACUCAUCGGAUUCUGCGGUGCCCCGUGGACGCUGAUGGCCUACAUGGUAGAGGGAGGUGGAAGCAAGACGUUCGAAAAGGCCAAGGCGUGGCUGUUCAAAUACCCGGAAGAAUCCAAGGAGCUUCUGCAGAGGAUCGCCGACGUUUGCACCGACUUCCUCGUGGGUCAAGUCAAGGCAGGCGCGCAGCUGCUGCAGGUAUUCGACUCGUGGGCGGGCGAGCUUUCUCCCUCGGACUUCCGUCAAUUCUCGCUGCCGUUCCUGCGAUCGAUCGCCGCUUCGGUGCGCGACAUUCUCUCGACCAAGUCGAUUCCGUGUCCCCCAUUGAUCGUGUUCGCCAAGGGCGCUCUGGGUCAUUCGCUGCCAGAGGUGGUCAAGGCAGGCUACGAUGUAGUCGGACUGGAUUGGACGGUGGAGCCGUGCGUUGCACGCAAGGUGGUGGAGCUUGCAUCGCCGGGCAAGUCUGGCUACAAGGAUGCCAGCGGCCAGAACGAGGCGGGCCACCGUUUGGCGCUGCAGGGCAACAUGGACCCAGCCGUGCUGUAUGCAGGCAAAGAUGCGAUCGAGGCCAAGGUGGAGGAGAUGCUUCGUUCCAAAAAGGGAGGCUUCGGAGGAGGAGGAGCCUACAUCGCUAACCUGGGACAUGGCAUCACGCCAGGUGUGGACCCCGAGGCUGUCAAGAUCUACCUCAAGGCGGUGCACAGGAUCAGCAGGGAGGUCAACAGCGCUCUGAACGAAGAUUCGGCUUUGUGGUGUGAGCGAGAUCCAGACUGCUACGGCAAAUUCGAAGUGUGUACGCGGGACUUGUUCGAUCCGACAGGACCGAAAAUUGGGCUGGCUGUGGAAGUGCCAGUUCCCCGCAAAGCAAACGACACAAGAGCCCUUCCUGCCCAUCCUCUAACACCCUUCUCCUGUGGUUCCUCCCUUCUUCCCUCGGUCAUGAGGCUGCCAAUCGUGUCAACAGCCGCGGCUUUGGCCACAGCGCUGUUGCUGUCCGGACCACAACGAGCUCAAGCCUCCCUUGCAAAGUCGGAUGGGCUCACCACGCUCUUCGAAGCGUUAGCUGAUCUCACUCGUGCUCCGUCUCAAAAGCACCUUCCUGCUGGCCAGAACAUCGUCGGCCUCAGCUCCGAUCCUACUCAGCCCGGUGUCCAAUGGAGCGUGCAGUCGACACAGCCGACCGUCCUCGGGAAUGGUCAGCUGAACAAGCCCGACUUCCAGCUCGUCACAGACGGCGAAAAGGCUGUCUCGAGCCAGUCUUCAUCGCCGGCAUCCGUUUCGCCAGAUUCGGCUUCCACCUCUGGCUCGGCAAGUCAGAACGCGAGUAUCACAAAUGCCAAGCAGGCUCUCUCUUCAAGCUCCUUCUAUCCCGUCAAUCCUCCCUCGUUCCCUUUGGCCGUGCGGAGCCCCUACCUCAGUGCUUGGUUGCCCUCAGGAUCUAAUCUCGACUCGACCCCUCCCAACACCGUCGGCAAUGGCGGCUAUUUGGCUGGACAGUGGUCGUCCUUCUGGACAUCGUCGUAUGGCGCUGACGGCGAGUUCCGUCUUGGCUGGACCGGCUACAUUCGCAUCGACAACGUCACCUACGAAUGGAUGGGCAAUGGCUUUGGCACUCUGGUUCGCGCCGGCCCCGCCGCCAAGCAGCUGAGUGCCGAGUACACUGCGACCCGAACCAUGUUUGCCUUUGAAGCGGACAAGGUGCGCUUCAACGUCACCUUCCUCACUCCCAUCACUCCAGACGACUACCUCCGUCAGAGUCUGCCUCUCAGCUACCUGCACGUCGAACUCGACACUUCCACCAUCAAAGGCCGUAGCAUUCAGCUCUACACUGACAUUGACGAACGAUGGGUCACAGGGCACGACUAUGACUACGACGAGUACCCUUACGACCAGCAGUACUAUGAGAAGAACGACACUUCGGUCUUCUUCAUCACCCGCAAGCACCCUCAGGUCUACACCGAAUUCCGUCAGCGCGCGGAAUGGGGCAACGCCACCUAUGCUGCGCGCAAUCACACCGGUCUCUACUCGAGGAACAACAACAACGUCGUCACCCACGCCGAGUUCAUCGACACAGGCAAGCUCUCUUUCGACCAUGGGCCCGUGCUCGGUCCCGACAACUCGUUUGCCUUUGCCGUAGAUUUCGAUGCAAAGCACGCCGACAAAGACGCUCUCUUUGUCGUCGGACACAUGCGCACGCCCUACGUCAACUACAUCCGCGCCAAACAUCCCGGCACCAACUCGACAAAGAGCUACCAGGAGGAUCGUUACGGAUACUGGCAGACCAAGUUCGGCGACAAUCUCGAGGAUGCGGUUGCUUUCUUCGUCAAUGACUUUGACUCGGCGCUUGCCAAGGCCAAAAAGUUCGAUCAGCAGGUUCUCGACGAUUCCAGGGCAGCCGUCGGAGGCGGCGAUGUAGGUGACCAGUACGCUGCCAUCACCCAGCUAUCUGUUCGUCAAGCUUUCGCCACCUUUGAGAUCACGGUCAGCAAGGACUCCAAGGGCAGAUACAACACCUCCGACACUCUACUCUUCCUCAAAGAAAUUUCGUCCAACGGCGAUAUGUCGACCGUUGAUGUCAUCUUCCCGCUCUUCCCUUUGCUUUCGUACGCCAACCCGGACAUGCUCCGCGACCUUUUGCUGCCCAUUUUCGAGUACACCGAGUCCGGCCUGUACCCGAACAAGUGGUGCGUUCACGACCUCGGUACCUACCCCAACGCUUUUGGAUACAACAACGGCAACGACGAGCCGAUGCAAGUCGAAGAGUCGGGCAACAUGAUCUGGAUGAUCCUUCACUGGGCUCAGCUCGUUGGCAAGUCCGAGGCAGUGCCUUUCCUGGAGCAGCACUACAACAUUAUGAAGCAGUGGACCGAGUUCUUGGUAGACGACAGUCUCAUCCCGGCAGAGCAGCUUUCCACGGACGACUUUGCCGGCACGCUUGCCAACCAGACCGAUCUGGCCAUCAAAGGUAUCUCUGCUAUCGCUGCCAUGGGCAAGAUUGCUGACAUACUGAGUCACAACAAGGACGCCAAGUCGUACGCCAACAUCUCUUCUUCCUACAUCAAGAAGUGGCAGGAGUACGCCAUCUCGCACGACGCCUCGCACACAAAGCUCGCCUACCAGACGGAUGCGUCGUGGGGUACCCUGUACAAUCUGCUAGCGGACCGACUGCUGGAUCUCAACUUGGUGCCGCACGCCGUGUACAAGAUCCAAGAUGCCUGGUAUCCUCGCGUUCAGGAGAAAUACGGCGUGCCGCUCGACUCGAGGCACAAGUGGGCCAAGACGGACUGGGAGAUGUUUGCUGCCGCCGCCUCGGACGAUGCUGCCACACACAAGCUGUUCAUUGAUCUGCUGUACAAUUUCAUCAGCGCCGGAAAGACGGAUGCACCGUUCACGGAUCUCAUGGAAAGCACCACAGGCGAUUUCCCCAAGCAGCCCGAGGAUCCGCUGAUCCACUUUUUGGCUCGACCCGUGGUGGGAGGCCAUUUUAGCUUCUUGGCCAAAGCCAAAGCGGACAAGGCGAAUGGAGUCGCCAGUGGCGGAUACAGGUACGGCAACGAGAACGAUGUGAUUACCAACAAGCCGAUCCCAGGCAAGGAUGGCAACAAGAAGCACCAUCAGGACCGCAAGAAAUCGGCCUCGCUCUCGAGCGGAUCGCAGCGCGCGUUCCAGAUCCAGCCCGAGCAGUGA